AUGGCUAAUUGGUUGCGAGAUCGGUUGGAAGCGGGGGCUGCGGCCCCACCGAUCGACAUAGAUAAGUUGCUGUCGAGACUACUCGAAGUUCGGAAGACCCGGGCACCAAUGGUCGAAAUCAAUCCGAACGAGAUUCUCUUCUUGAUAGACGAAGCCACGCAGAUAUUCGAGCAGCAGCCCAUUCUUCUGGAACUCAACCCACCGCUGAACAUCUGCGGAGACGUCCACGGUCAAUUCCACGACCUUCUCCGAAUCCUGCAUCAAGGCCAACAUCCUCCAGCCUCGAACUACCUCUUCCUCGGGGAUUACGUCGACCGCGGUCGAAACUCCAUAGAAGUUCUCUGUCUCCUACUCAUAUACAAAAUUCGGUUCCCAGGCAACGUGUUCUUGCUGCGAGGCAAUCACGAAACGUUGCGCAUAAAUGCCAUAUACGGAUUCUUAUCGGAAUGUCGAGUGAGAUAUUCGCUCGAAGUUUACCACAAAUUCAAUGAAUUAUUCGCUUGGUUACCGUUGGCGGCGAUCGUGGGCGAUAAGAUAUUCUGCUGUCACGGGGGGAUUUCUCCGAAAAUGUCCCUCAUCGAUGAUAUCCGUGAUAUUCGACGACCUUUGAGGGACGUCCCAGAAGACACGAUCGCCUGCGACCUGUUGUGGGCGGAUCCGUUCGAAGGCAGAGGUUUCGCACCCAACGAUCGCGGCGUUUCCCAUGUUUUCGGAGCUGACGCGCUUCAACGGUUUCUGGAUGACAAUGGUCUUGAUCUCGUUUGUCGAGCGCAUCAGGUCGUCGCUGACGGUUACGAGUUCUUCGCCAAUCGAUCGCUCGUUACCCUCUUCUCCGCCCCGAAUUACUGCAACGAGUUCGACAACGCCGCAGCGAUGAUGAUCGUGUCCCCAGAUUUGACUUGUACUUUCCGGGUCCUCCGGCCUACAACAAAGGCGCUCAAGCCUGCGAAGAACAAUGUUCCUCAGAUAUUGACAGACUCUGCCGAGUUAGGGAACCCCUUCCGCGCUGAUAGGACGAAAACAGAACUCUGGAAGGAGAACCCAAUGAACAGCCUCGAUCAAAAUUGUAACGACCUAAAGAAACGCUACGAGGAGUGUUUCAACGCAUGGUUUUCUGACGGUUUCCUCAAGGGAGACUUGCGAGAUCCGUGUAAGGAGAUAUUCCAGAAUUAUACAGGCUGUGUGAAGAAAGCAGUUGAAGAGCACAAGAUCAAUUUGUGGGAAAUCGAGGCGGACAUACUAGGAACAGAGAAGGAAAGGCAGCCACCUUCAUCAGAGAAGAAAUAG